AUGUAUGUAUUAAAUAUUUCUCUCCAUAAUAUUUCACUUGAUGUUAAGUCUGAUCUAACUACUAGUAGAGAUAAGAACGUGGCACACAUCCAGUACGAGAUGUUGACAGAGUCUCAAGUGCAUAAGGAGAAUGAUGACCAUGUUCAUGAAGAUGUUGAGGUUUAUAUUUCUAUAGAUGAUGGUGGUGUUAAUAACCAUGAUCAUGCAUUUGAAGAUGUGAAGACAUUGGGUGAAGGUGUGAAUGAAAGCAUUUGUACUAAUAAAGGCAAGGAGUAUAGAUUGAUUUAA